UCAUGGCCCACACUGCACUGAAGAGCACGUCGAGUGCGCGCAGAGAAUAGAAGACCAGAUCCACUGUCCGUCACCUGAGGCUUGUUGUUGAUGCUGCAGACUUCGCUGUCGCGCACUUCCAUCGACGCCACCCCCAGUCCGGCCAGUUGCUGCCUUCUGCCUCGCCUUCUUUGUGUGUCAUAUCCAGCAUACACUACCCUGCCCAGCCUUUCGCCACAACCCUCCACUCACUCACACCUCGACUCAUACUCAUCCUCAUUCUUCUUCACUCUUCUUCACUCCUAAUACUCAAGCGCUGCCCACUAGCGCCACUUGCUCUCCCACAAACCGGCUGCGAGGACGGACAUAUCGCCACCGCCUUGCUGCGCAACACCGCUCAUAUCUAGCGCGAUCAAUCCUGAGCCUGCCACGACCUAUCACUCCACCUCACCUGUCGACUCACUUCGACCAAUCCUCCUCUGACUGCAUCUUUGCAACCAGCCUCGACGGCAAUAUAUCGAGAUAGUCGCCUUCACUAGCAGUACUACUCGAUCUAUACGCCCACCACUGUCAGCAUGAUCCUCUCCAUGCCCUACGCCAACACCCCAGUCAGCAGCUCAUACACCUCCAAGUCCAUCGAUUCCGUCCUUCUCGCUCAGAAGUUGUAGAUACAGACAACCAUUCGGGAAGAUUUUGGAGCUUCUAAAGACCAUACUCGUCUUUGGGGGCUUUGCGAUUCGUUGAAUCAGCUGCGGAAGAAGAGACACACACUGCUUGGAAUACUGAACCUGCUGGCUGAGGUGGAAUUUGCUUGAGGAAGGUGCGACCCCGAUUCGGCCUUGCUACAUCUUUGACCUCCUACCUCCAGUCAAUCAUUUACGCGUCGACAACAGCAUUUUUGCUUAUGUUUGCGCGUACUCUUUGAUUUUCAACGUCUUUCCGCAUCUGGAAGGCGUCCCUGGGUCAUCAAACACUCAUAACGGUUAUACUCUGAACGGACACAUCUACUGCAUAGCGAGGCGCAGGAUGAACUCGGAAUACGUCGAUCGUGGCUCUGAUGGCUUUUCAUCACUCCCUGAGCAUCGUGGCCCAUACGAGCCGUCGAUCGCAUCCUCUGCGUCGUCUUCAUCACACCUCUCUGUCUUCUCAGACACCCUGUCAGCAUCAAGCUCCAUAGCGAGCUCCGUUUCGGACGACUUUCGAUAUACUCAUGACGAUGCACGAGAAAGAGAUCGGAUAUCAGCUAGAAGAGCCUGCAGUGCUCAGCAAUCUAUUGAAGGGUAACGGACAGUGCAUGUCUUAUGCGGACGUGACCUCGGUCCCAGCACCGCAGCGUCAACAUCCGCGAAGGACUUCUCUGUCAAGGAACCAGAGGCCUCCACCUCUUGUUAGACAACGCGAUCGAAAGAUCAACUUCGUCGACAAUCUCGUCGGUAAGCACAUCGAAACCACAUCUCCCCAAGACUCAGCAACUCAGAUGGUGGAAGUCAUCUGGCCGCUGUCGAUAGUCCCUUGUCAGAGUGAGGCUAGCGGUCGAGGCGUACUGCCGCUCCGCACUUACAUUGAAGAGACACUGCGACGAUCGCGCACUAGCUAUUCAACCCUUCAGGUUGCACUCUACUACUUGGUCCUCAUCAGACCACACGUACCGAAGCGUGACUUCACCAUGGAGCUGAGCAUGGAUUCGCCAGCAGAGCGUGCAUUGAUGUGCGGACGCCGCAUGUUUCUCGCAGCUCUCAUUCUUGCAUCGAAGUAUUUGCAGGACCGCAACUACUCGGCCAAGGCCUGGAGCAAGAUGUCAGGGCUGAACGUCUGCGAGAUCAACACCAACGAGCGCACCUUUCUCAGCAAGGUCGACUGGAAGCUUCACAUACCAAAGCCAAUCUUUGAGAAGUGGCAAGAGGUCGUGCUUCGGUACACGCCUCAGCCUCCACCGUCUCCAAGCUGGAGUGUACCAUCUGCGACAUCUACUUGGAAGCGUAUGGUGCCUCUGCUCACUCCAGAGCUUGACAACUUGCCAAUGGUGGAGAGCAAGAUGGCUUUGGAAAGCAAGAUGGCUUUUGACUCCGAGCCAGCUUUCUGCUAUGACGUGGGCUCACCGACGACACCAACUCCCGCUAAGAUGGCGUUCAAGGUACCUCCACUCGACUCUACAUCACACGAGAGCACACCAACUGCCAUGUCUACCCUGGCUUCGCUUCCUCGCUUCUUGGAGCCCAAGCCAGACAUCGCACCGCCCACUCCCGGCUUGGCUCGCAUGGGUCCACUGCCUACGCCGAACAUGACGCCGUCUUCGACUGCCACCAGUACUCCUGCAGCGAGUGUGUGUGGUUCUCGUCGACCGUCGAUGUGCUCUGCAAUGGCUUCGGCUCAGAAGACCAGCAUGAACAGAUGCAUCUUUGAUUCCAACCCCGCUGGCGUGCCAAGCUUCGAGCCCAGGUACACAACCACCACAAGACGUCCAUCAAUCAUGAGCAUCGCUUCUACCGGAUCCAGCCCAGAGUCGAUGGUGUCUGACAACUCGAGAGCAUCGCGCUCGUCGUCCAUCUCUUCCGUCUCCACAGCAUCCUCGUAUUCGUCAAUGGCGCCACAGCGAGCUUGUUUGGCUCGCCAGGCGACUUGUCGCAAUGCUGGAUUGCUGCCCAAGUGGGUCAAGGAAGAGACCGAAGGGAGCGCGAUCCAGCCAAUCAUCAUCGAGGACGAUUUGGAGAUGGUGUCAAGCCCAGUCACGGCCGACUUUUCCAUCAGUGAGAAAGUCUCCCAUACACCUCACAGACACAGUCGUGCUUCCAAGCAUGCUGGACACAACCUGCCUCCAGCUGCAACAGACAAGGGCCGGAAGCGUGUUCGCCCACACGGCAAUCGCCGCUCCGAGCUUCAAGAAGAAGUCCGAUAUUUGCUCAACGAGUCCUUCGAGGACUCUAUGGAGUUGGAUGACCGUGAUGUGUCGCCCACUCCCGCAGCGUCGUGUGCAAUCAACAUGCUUGGACGCUACGACUCAUUCACAAUUAUGAAGGAGGCCCAGCCUCCAGCAUCAAUCUCUCGCCGAGAGUCGAGUAGCAGGGUGCCUGUUCAAAAGAAUGAAGGCAAGAAGCGAACUUGCUGUUCCAUCGCAGGACCAAUGUCGAUAUCACCUGUUCCUUUAUGCGGCAUCACGUUGACAUCAAAUGACACGAAUGGGGGCGUAAGCGGAGCAAUCGGCGCAUGUAACUGUAGUUUUGAAGAAGAUGUCCCACGAAGCAUGCCAAACUCAGACCUUCGUUUGAAACGAACUCACAUUACAUACUUGUUUUCAUGUUCGCUUCAAGAAGAUAAGUCAUUAAACUGUCACGGUGGUCACGGAGCGAGUGCGACUCUGCGGAUUGAAGAUUGCGCCUACUGUGCUAUAACAGGUCAAUCCCCAUACCAAGUCCAAGUCCACUUCGUAGCGACAAGAUUGAAAUACCAAGUCAUUGAAAGGCGGGAAUGCGCGAAACAGAGGCGACUGACGUUGCUCAUGGCUAUCACCAGAAGUAAGGCAAAGGCCUCCAAAUGGAGCGAAGAAACAGGCGUUCUCAACUCAUCGGCACUGCAGAAGCUCCAGGUCACGUGGUCGUCUCAGAGCAUGACAGCAGCAGCAGCGAAGUUGUAUGAAGUGAGGUACGCUGAUCCUGCGCCUGAGGAGCUGUGGAGUAUGAAUCUUUCAAGAAAUCGCCGUCGCAAGACACGUCUUUAUGUCGAUGCUUGGCUGGGCGAAAUGGUAAUUUUGCUGACGAGAGCGUGUGUUGGUGUGCGUUAUUGCCUGCCUGGCACUUGCAUGCUGCGCGUCUCCACGGAUAUAGUACUAUGUGCUGAGUCCAACUUGUCAGUGCCGAGGAACCACACCGCCAUUUUGAAACACGAUAAAAACCACGUAAAAGUGCCCCUAUUGCCUACCCCUAUACGGCUCAAGAGAGGAGGCGGCUCUGCGGACCGUACUGACAAGUUGGACUCAGCACAUAGUAUCAAAGUCGGGAUGCAUCGAAGCGCGAGGGCCAACCAUGCAUCGCUGCCUCUGCCUCGUCUAUCCCCCCCCCCAUCACACUCUCUCCCACUCCUCUUCUUCACCUCAUCCGUCCUUGGAGUCUGCACUCUCAUCUCUAUUGAAACAUUGGCUUGGCAACGCGUGUGGUCCGCGCAGACCAGCUCACGCUCCCUGCGAUCUGGUAGGCCGCAACGCAAGCAGCGCUGGCAGUCCCCGCGCGAAAAUCGAGCAGUCCGUAUGGCAUCAAAGCGAAAGCUCGAGACCUGGGACCCCACGAAGAGCGACAGUGACGACCUUGACUGGGACGGGAAAGAAGCAGCAUCUCCCAAGCCACGAUCGCGAGCACGUUCGCGUAAAGCCAACAAAGCUUCUCCGCAGAAGCGGGCAGCCAAACGCCAGCGAUACGACGACAGCGAUAUCGACCCAGACAGCGACGCCGGCAGCGAGGAAGAAGCAUCCUACUCCGACGCAUCCGAGGAAGCGCCACUCGAGAUCAAUCCACGCACAGGCAGAGGCCAGCGAUCGGUGGCGAAGAAGCAGAUCAAGUACGAGGAGAGUGAUGAGGACGACGAGAUCAUAGCAGACAGCGACGAAGAAAGCGAGCGCGAUCCCAUACAGCCCACGCCUGCGCGAAGCCGAACGAAGAUCAAGCUUGCAGCGACCAAGAAAGCCUCGUUGAUUGUCAAGCUAAGAGUGCCGCUGAGCAUGGAUGGCGGUGGAAGAACGACACGCGCCCGCACUUCCAGCAGAUCUAAGAGACAGCCCACGCCGCAAUCUGCUCCCUCGACAGGCAUCACUCGCCGCAGCAGUCGCAUUUCACACGACGAACAGGAUCCGCUGUUUGCUCUCACCGAUUCUGGUAAGCACGAAAUCGUCACCAGAGCUGGCAGCGCGACUCCGGAGCCUGUUACGCGUCGCACGACAAGAGGAGGCAAAGGGCUUAAAAAGCCGCCCGUGAGCGCCAUAUUUGAGGCAUCACAGGAAGACCUCGAGCAGAACGCGCCUGUUGCAGAGGUUCCGCCCACAGCUGAAGGCGCAGACUUUUUCUCGAAGCUGGAGGCUAGUCAGCAAGAGCCGCAAGUCGAGCGCACAUCUCCAGCUCCCUCUGGCACGAAGGGCGACGGUGACGAUAUUGUGAUGGAGGAUCACGAUGAUGAAGAUGAAGAACACGUUGUGCAGGAGUCACAACCUGACCCUGAUGACGCUGAAGAUGAGGAUGAAGGGCCGAUCUCCAGAGGCGGUCGCAACCUCAGAACGCGCCGAAAAGCAUCAACGCCGCCAGCAUCACAUCCUACUGAAGGGAGGACGCGCAGAUCGCUACGUAACACUAGACGAUCAGGCGCGGAGAACACGAGUGAUUUUGAGCCGGACGCUGAAGGCGAGGCAGACGCAGAGGAGGAACUCUCCGAUUCGGACAAUCAUCUCAAGCCCGGCCGUGGUAGGAACAGCAGCAAUGAGGCAAGUUCCCAGGGCGGUAGGCGAUCAGGACGAUUGAGUCGCAAGUCCGCGUCUCAGCGCAGCCGGUCCAGGCGGAAUGCUUCAGCAGACGAGGACGAUGAACCAGACAUCGAUGAGAUCGCGGAUGAGGCCGCAGAACUAGAAGAAGAUCGGCGGAGGAUACAUCGGGAGCGACCCAGGAAACAACGCAACAAAGAUCGCUCUACAGAGAUCAACUUUGAGCCAAAUCUACGAAAUCGUGGAAACCGGCCAGACUAUCGUAUCUUGCGACCGGAGCUCCUACUUCCCCUCGAAGACGAUGAUGCACCCGCUCUGCCAGCUGCCACACCUCAGCGCAAUCGCCGUGGUGCUACUCACACCUAUCGUAGUCUGUUCUCGACAUUUGGACCUUUUGGCGGUGGUGGAGGGCCACCUCCUGUUCUGGGCGGUGCAGAAGCCGCUGGCGCUACAGGUGGUGUGGACUCGGACAGCAGCGACGACGAGAUGGGAGGUCGUGCUGGUCAGCAAGGCGUUGGUGGCACUGUAGGUAUGACGCCUACAUCUGCAUUUCCCAAGCCUUACGCUGCUCCUCAAGCCCUCAACAACGACCCUCUUACUGGACCUGGAGGCGGUCCACCUGGACUUGGUAAGGUCAAGGACAAGAAAGCGCUCGCCGAUGCUGACCCUCUUGGCGUCGAUACAAAUGUCACUUUCGAUGGAGUUGGAGGCCUGGAUAAUCACAUCAACCAGUUGAAGGAGAUGGUCGCCUUGCCGUUGCUGUACCCGGAGGUCUUUCAACGUUUUCACGUCACUCCGCCGCGAGGCGUCCUCUUCCAUGGUCCUCCUGGUACUGGUAAAACACUGCUUGCGCGAGCUUUGGCAUCCAGCGUAAGCUCUCACGGCCGCAAGGUUACGUUCUACAUGCGUAAAGGAGCCGAUGCACUCUCUAAGUGGGUUGGUGAAGCUGAAAAGCAGUUACGCUUGCUCUUCGAAGAAGCUCGGAAGAAUCAACCGAGUAUCAUCUUCUUCGACGAAAUUGAUGGUCUUGCACCUGUCCGGUCUAGCAAGCAGGAGCAGAUUCACGCUUCCAUCGUGGCAACCCUUCUGGCUUUGAUGGACGGCAUGGAUGGUCGUGGCCAAGUGAUUGUUAUCGGCGCAACCAACAGACCAGACUCUGUCGACCCUGCUUUGCGACGGCCAGGGCGCUUCGAUCGAGAGUUCUACUUUCCUUUGCCCGAUGCAAUUGGACGUCGCAAGAUCAUCGAUAUCCAUACGAAAGGCUGGGAUCCGCCUUUGCGACCAGACUUCAAAGAUCAGCUCGCGGAGCUCACUCGUGGCUACGGAGGUGCCGACCUGCGAGCGCUCUGCACGGAAGCAGCUCUAAACGCCGUGCAAGGCACUUACCCGCAGAUCUACCAGAGUGAUAAGAAGCUCAUCAUCGAUCCAAGCACAAUCAGGGUUCUGGCCAAGGAUUUCAUGAUCUCGGUGAACAAGAUCGUGCCUUCCUCAGAACGAUCGGCGUCGUCAGGCGCCGCGCCUUUGAAGAAGGACAUCGAGCCACUCUUACGACGAGCGCUUGAAGAGAUCACUGCACGGAUCGACAAAGCUAUUCCACGCAAGCGCAAAGUGACAGCUCUAGAAGAGGCGAUGUACGAUGAUCGUGAUGAUGAGCUUGGGUUCGAGAAGGAAACGAUGCAGCGGGAUUUCGAGGCAUCCCGCGUCUUCCGACCUAGACUUCUGAUAAAAGGCGUCGAAGGAAUGGGCCAGCAGUACCUGGGCGCUGCUCUGCUCAGCAAAUUCGAAGGCUUACAUGUACAGAAUUUUGAUCUUGCUACAUUGAUCAAGGACUCGACGAGAGUAAGUUACGACCUGUCCAGACCAAGAUUGCCCCAUACUGAUCAAUCCUUACUUUUCGAAGAGGUCAAGCGACACAAGCCCAGUGUGAUAUACCUGCCAGGAGUGAACUACUGGUGGGAAACGCUAUCGGACACCGUAAAACGAACGUUUGUUGGCCUCCUGCGCAGCUUGCAGCCUUCUGAACCCGUGCUCGUACUGGGCGUCCUGGAGCUACAGCACCCAGACGAUGAGAUAGACCCUCAGCUGCUUCGAGACCUCUUUGGCUAUUCGACACAGAAUCAGUACGCCCUGCAACGGCCCGACAGCUUUGCACGCAGCGAAUACUUCAGCUCCAUUCUUGAUUUCAUUCGCAAGCCUCCUAGUGAGUUUCCGGACUUGGACCAGCGUAAGAAACGCAAGCUUGCGGAACUCGAGGUUGCUCCUGCUCCUGCCGCACCCGAAGGUCCCAGCAAAGCCGAGCUCAAAGCACAGAAAAAGAAAGAUCACCAGACUCUGAACAUGCUCAAAUUACACAUACAACCUGUCAUGGAACAAAUAAAGCUCAAGUACAGGAAGUUCAGGACGCCAAUAGUUGAAGAGGCGACCAUUGCCUAUCUAUUCGACGAGCAGAACCCGACGGUCCUCACAUCAGAUCUUACCGAAGAGCAGAAAGCACAACAACUCCUUUUCAGACCUUAUGAGAUCGACCAGGAUGAGAAGGGCGUACCUGGAAUUCGUGAGGUUGCCUCUCAGAAGUUCUACUACAAUCUCGAAAUCGUAACCAUAGAGAAGCGCUUGUCGAACGGAUACUACAAGCGGCCUAAAGAUUUCUUGGCCGAUAUCAAGCGCUUAGCAAAAGACGCCAAGGCAUUUGGAGACCAAGACAGACUACUGAAAGCUAAUGAGAUGCUGGCUAACGUCGAAGUCGACAUGGGCACACUCGAGGUCACUCAGGCUGCUCUGUGUGCGGAGUGCGAAGCUGUUUACGAACGCGAACAAGAACGUGAACGGAAACGGGCUGAGAAGGUCAAAGAGGCCCAGAAGCGUGGCGAGGAAGUGCCAAAGAUCGUGCCCAAUGUGCCUCCUCCCGACUGGUCGAAAGCCACAACGGAAAACUCUGGUCCGGUUGUACUCGGUCAGGAGGUGCCAGGAGCCAACCCUUUUCCUCUCCCCCAAUCCAACCCGUGGAGCACAACGAAUGGCAGUAGCCACGAGUCUCAUCACACAAACGGCUCAGUCGUACCACCCCGUCCACGAGAAGAUACAGAGAUGCUGGACAAUGAUCCGUCAAACGGUAGACAUCCCCCGCCUCCGCCCCUAUUCCAUCAAGCUUCGGCUCAGACAAAAAUUCAAGCAGGCUCCCAGCUCGAACAGUAUCAGAAUAGUGCUUCGACUACGAAUUCGAGCAACGACGGUGCCAAGAAGACGAGCGACCGCAGCAGUGGCCAUACCAAAAGCACCCAGGAAUCGAAUGGGCAUCCAGACUUCUUCAUGAUGCGAAGCGGCCAUGGCUCUGGAAGCCAACUUCCCGACACCCAACCACAGUCCCUCGAGUCACGUUCCGCCCCAACCACCACCGCCCCAGAACCACCGCCUCAUGCCUCCUCCCAACAAUCCUCCCCAGGCAGUUUCGCCCCCCGCGCCUCCUCAAUCAACGCCCUCCUCAACAACCCCGAAGACGAGGAGAACCCCGACCCUACCACCACUACCCAUCCCGCCCCUCAACUCAUCCUCGACGACCUCAGCCUCUCAUCCUUACUCCAAGAACUCACAUCACGCAGUAGCGGUCUCUCCCUCGAACAACUCGAACAAGUCCGCGCACAAGUCAUGGAUGUCAUUUGGUGUGAACGUGGGAAUUGGAAUCGUAAUCAGGUUUGGGGCAGAGUUCAAGAGGUUUUUCAUUUUGCGGUCGAGGAUAUUGAGGCUUGUCAGCAGAUUUUGGAGCCGUCUAGUCAGAGUCAUGGGAAUGGGAGAGGGGAGAGGGUUGGGAUAUGGAUAUGGUGGGAUGUUGGAGUGGACUUGAGUGGGGGUGUUAGGUGUUGGACGUGUGCAGUGGACGUAGACAGACAGGACCAUACCGCAUUAUCACCUUCACUCAUCAUCAUUAUCAUUAUCAUACCCUCUGUCUGUAUCAAUCAAUAA